AGGUGAGUAUAAAAGGCUUGCUGUCAGGAAUUAGGAAAUAUUCCUCGGGAGAAAAUACACAGAUAGGUAUUUUUCCAAGACUUCUUUCUCCAUUAAUAUCUUUCACGCAGGCAGGCAGAUCAACAAGCCCCAGGAUGAGGAGCCUCCUUCAGUUUCUGGCACUGUGUGCAGCGGUCUCUCUCUGCGUCUGCUAUGACUCUCAUGAAAGCACAGAAUCCAUUGAAGAUUUGUUUGUCCCUCCAAACCGUGCCAACUCAUUCUUCACGCCACAGAGGGGCCACAUACACAACCCACCCAGAGGGAACGGCUUCGGCUUCAACCAUUACAACUUAAUGAGGACGAUAAAGUCUCCAGCAGAGAGGCGUGCAGAGACCUGCGAGGACUACUCUCCCUGCCGCUUCUACGCCUAUCACCAUGGCUAUCAGCAGGCCUACCAGAGAUACUUUGGCUCCCAGACUCCUCAGACUCAACCCCAGAGACCAGCUGUGACUCGUCGAUACUAAACUCAAAGUAUCAGCCCGUCGAACACAGAUUUAUCAUCGUCCUCAUCUAGAUAUUAACACAUAUUUCUAUGUUCCACAUGACACAACUUUUGUAUAAUUUAUGUGGCUGUUUUUGUGGCCUGAAAAACACACACACACACACACACACACUGAGGUACCCGAGUGUGGCUCAAAUCUCAUGACAACCCAUCAUUAUACCCAUGUAGAAAUUCAUGGUCCAUCUCUUGUGUAAUCUCAGGAUAACUUUUAUCCACUAUUAUCACACCUUCCCAGCAUUUAAGAGCUUCAAGUGAUCUGCUUGAAUGAAGUGUUUUGCUCACUAUCCACUAACCAUUUCUUACUUUAUCCGCCUACUUAUCCAGGCCAGCACUGCUGUCAGUGAUUAUUUCAAUUGCUUUGGAAAAAAUAAAAUUCCCUUUCACUGGGUUUUGUCUUAA